CAGCGAGCGAUUAGUAAACAAAAAAGCUAAGCAAAAUGAGGGCUACUUUGGCAUUGACUCUGCUACUCAGCUGCCUUGCAGGAAUUCUGUCCCAAAACACCAUGGAUCCCCGGGUCUCCAAGGAAACGGUGGACGGUUGCAUGAAAGAGAAUGGAGUCUCGGCCCAGGAUUUGGCCGACUUACAAUCGGGCAAGGUGAAACACGCGGAUGCCAAGGACAAUGUCAAGUGCUCCACCCAAUGCAUUCUGGUCAAGAGUGGUUACAUGGACUCCACGGGCAAACUGCUGACCGACAAGAUCAAGGCUCACUAUGCCAACACCAACCUUAUGGCUUCGAUCGAAAAGGAUUUGGAUAGGUGUAGCAAGGUCAAGGGGGACAAUGCCUGCGAUACGGCAUUCAAGAUGUUGGGCUGCUUCCAGGGAGCCUAAAGAUCCUACUAAUCAGCCAAAAAGUGUCGAGCAAAAUACUUCCAAGAGCAAUAAAGGCUAGCAGCAGCAAUAGAACAGAACCAUAAAGUCAAGAAAUGUACCAAAACAGCAUUUUAAGUGUAAUAUAUAAGUGCUUAGUACUGCUAUCAGUAAAUGGGCUUCAAAUAAAUUAGUUCUUCAUUUACUAAGGAUA